AUGGCGAUGACAAGCUGGCCAUCAACGGGAAGACAAAGAAGACAUCACUUGAUUUUCGUGUUGCUUCUGGUUCUUCUUGUAGCUGUCGGAAUCUGUGUUCCUGUUUUCGCUCUUCUUCCUUCACUGUCCUCUCCUCAGUCUCUGCCUCCUGCACUGCAUCGGGACGACGAGAAGAUGAUAUCUCCGAAGUUUUAUAUCGAAGAUGAUAUGUUCUGGAAAGAUGAGAAUCCAUUUCAGAUCAUUGGUGGUGAUUUGCACUACUUUCGUGUUCUUCCCGCGUACUGGGAAGAUAGGCUUCUUAGAGCCAAGGCUUUAGGUCUGAAUACUAUACAAAUGUACGUUCCUUGGAAUCUUCAUGAACCAAAACCUGGGAGGAUGGUCUUUGAGGGUAUUGCUGAUUUGGUGUCCUUUAUCAAGCUGUGUCAGAAACUAGAUUUCCUGGUUAUGCUGCGUGCUGGACCUUAUAUCUGCGGAGAAUGGGAUUUGGGGGGUUUUCCUGCUUGGUUACUUGCUGUGAAACCACCUCUCAAACUAAGGACAUCAGAUCCUGCAUACCUUAAGCUGGUUGAAAGAUGGUGGGAUGCUUUACUGCCAAAGGUAUUUCCUCUGCUUUACAGCAACGGCGGUCCUGUUAUAAUGGUUCAGAUUGAAAAUGAAUAUGGUUCAUAUGGAAAUGACAAAGCUUAUCUUCGUAAUCUAGUUACCAUGGCUAGGGGACACCUGGGGGAUGACAUUAUUGUGUAUACAACAGAUGGAGGCACAAGAGAAACUCUUGAGAAAGGAACUGUCUCCUUAUCUGAUGUCUACUCAGCUGUUGACUUCACUACGGGAGAUGACCCUUGGCCAAUAUUUGAACUGCAAAAGAAGUUUAAUGCUCCAGGAAGAUCACCUCCACUUUCCUCGGAGUUCUAUACUGGUUGGCUUACGCAUUGGGGUGAGAAGAUUGCAAAAACAGAUGCCGAAUUUACGGCAGCUUCCCUUGAAAAAAUAUUGUCCCGGAAUGGUUCUGCUGUGCUUUAUAUGGUGCAUGGAGGAACGAACUUUGGUUUUUACAAUGGAGCAAAUACUGGCUGUGGAGAAUUUGACUACAAACCAGAUCUCACGUCCUAUGAUUAUGAUGCUCCCAUUAAGGAGUCUGGUGACAUAGAUAAUCCAAAAUUCCAAGCUCUCCAAAAAGUGAUUAAGAAGUACAAUGCAGCACCACACUCUGUUAUCCCAUCUAAUACACAACGAAAAGCCUAUGGCCCUAUCAAGAUGCAAAUGACAACAUCUCUGUUUGAUUUAAUUAGUAUGACAGAUCCUGGCGAUGUGAUCUCUUCUGCAAACCCGAUUUCGAUGGAAUCUGCUGGGCAGAUGUUUGGAUUUAUUCUAUAUGAAUCUUCAUACAUGGCAAAGAAGAGUGGUAAUAUACUAAAAAUACCAAAGGUUCAUGACAGAGCUCAAGUGUUUAUUUCAUGCCUUUCCCAAGAUGUUAAUGAAGGAAUACUGAGAUACGCUGGUACAACUGCGAGAUGGAACAACCAACCUGUUUCUCUUCCAACAAAUGAGUGUACCUCUAACACUAGCUUAUUUAUUCUGGUUGAAAACAUGGGUCGAGUAAAUUAUGGACCAUAUCUCUUUGAUGAGAAGGGUAUUUUGUCUUCGGUUUAUCUAGAUGGUCAAAUUCUCCAUGGAUGGAAGAUGAUACCAAUUCCUUUUCACAACUUGAAUCAAUUGCCAACUCUCAGUUUCGAGAUGCAAUUUACCAAAAAGAGAAGUGAGAAGUUCGAGCUUAUUAAUGAUGUCGGUCAAAAGGAACCAGCUAUGUUUUCUGGUGAGUUCUCUAUCAGCAGUGUAGAACAAAUCAAAGACACAUAUCUAUCAUUCAACGGUUGGGGUAAAGGAGUUGCUUUCGUCAAUAAAUUCAACAUCGGAAGAUACUGGCCGUCUGUUGGACCACAAUGCAACCUCUACGUUCCUGCUCCACUCCUUAAGCCUGGCCAGAAUUCUGUGGUGAUUUUCGAACUGGAGUCUCCACAUCUUGACCUUUUCCUGGAGUCUGUGGAUCGUGAAGACUUCACAUGCCGUCCAAAUGAUUCCAAAGUUAAAUAA